UCCUCCAGCCACAGCGGAGUCUCUGCCGCUCGCGCUGCCCGCGGCAGCUCCCGCGACUCCCGGCGGCGCCAGUAGCGGCGCCGUUCCCCUGCCCGCGCUUCUCCCGGAGGCACGGCGCGGGCACCUCUCGCCGCAGCGCAGUUCCCCCGCCGCUCGGGCUCCGGCCGUGGCACGGCUCAUGCCUCCGGGCGCGGAGCGCUCAGGUGGGCCGGCCGCCGCGGGGAGAUAGGCCCCCGGGGGCGGCGGCGGCUGGACCAUGGCCCGGAGACCCGGGGCGCCGGCCGCCUACGGGGAGGACUUCUCCUUCGUCAGUCCGCUGGUGAAAUACCUGCUCUUCUUCUUCAACAUGCUCUUCUGGGUGAUUUCCAUGGUGAUGGUUGCUGUGGGAGUCUACGCUCGGCUGAUGAAGCAUGCAGAAGCAGCACUGGCCUGCCUGGCCGUGGACCCUGCCAUCCUGCUGAUCGUGGUGGGCGUCCUCAUGUUCCUGCUCACCUUCUGCGGCUGCAUCGGCUCUCUCCGGGAGAACAUCUGCCUCCUGCAGACGUUCUCCCUCUGUCUCACCAUCGUGUUCCUGCUACAGCUGGCAGCCGGGGUCCUGGGCUUCGUCUUCUCAGACAAGGCACGGGGGAAAGUGAGUGAGAUCAUCAAUAAUGCCAUUGUGCACUACCGAGAUGACUUGGACCUGCAGAACCUCAUUGAUUUUGGCCAGAAGAAGUUCGGCUGCUGUGGAGGGAUUUCCUACAAGGACUGGUCCCUGAACAUGUACUUCAACUGUUCGGAAGACAACCCCAGCCGUGAGCGCUGCUCUGUGCCUUACUCCUGUUGCUUGCCUACCCCCAACCAGGCAGUGAUCAACACCAUGUGUGGCCAAGGUAUGCAGGCCCUUGACUACUUGGAAGCUAGUAAAGUCAUCUACACCAAUGGCUGUAUUGACAGACUGGUCAACUGGAUACACAGCAACCUCUUCGUACUUGGUGGUGUGGCACUGGGCCUGGCCAUCCCCCAGCUGGUGGGAAUCCUGCUGUCCAUGAUCCUCGUGAGUCAGAUCAAAGAUCAGAUCAAACUACAGCUCUACAACCAGCAGCACCGGGCUGACCCAUGGUACUGAGACUCCAUCCUGCAUCUCCUCGUUAGGGCAACAGGCGAGCCUCAUCAACCAACGGCAGUGGUUACAGCUCUCAGCACCACAUGGAGACUUGGGUUCCAUGCCCACAAGCGACGGCCCAGUGGGAAGAAGCAAACUCCAGACGCCAGAAGGCAGGGUACACAGGUGGCUCAAGUCUGGGAAGGAUGUGCCUCCUCUCCCCAUCCUAGCUCUCAGCAUUGUCAUUUUGUAUUCUUUCUACCCUCCACCAUUUGGGUUUCUGUUCUUGUUUUGUCUGAGCAGAUGCUUGAGCAGCAGCAGUGGCACAGAGUUGUGGGGGCAACGGGCUUUCCACCGAAGCGCUGCAACUGACAGACCUGCUGGGGCCGCCGCUGAGCUUGCCGCCAGCGCGCCCUGCCUGGAGUCCGGUUGGCAUGAUACCGGCUCCAGAAGGGAAGGGAGUGGAGCAGGCAGUGAGCGUGGGGGUCGGCUGGGGACAGUCGUAUGUGCUGGGGAGGAGUGGAAGACCAUGUGUUUACUAACUGCCUGUGCUGCCAUCCUCCCAGGUAGUCAGAGUGAGCUACAUCCUGCUCCUCCCUCAUUUCCAUGGAAACGUGGCAGCAACUGCAAAGGGUACAACAAGCAGCCAAAUUCACCCCGUCUCCCCUCCUUUAAAAAAUGUCUGGAACCAUGGUCUCUAUCUUCUGCAGCCAGCAGAGGUGGGACUGAGCCAUACAUCCCCUUGAACUCCACCCCUGUAUGGCCCUCGCUCUCCAGUAAGUGGGUUUCUUUUUUUUAACCUUGUUAGUGUGCAGAGAACGAGAGGUAACACCCCCCCGCCCCCCAUUCCUCUGCACCAGAGCUCAGUAUUUCUACAGUGUAAGCAGGGAUCUUGCUGGGGCUGGGGGAGCCAGAAAUGGCAAUAAAAGUUUGUUGACCUGGGCUAA